GCUUAAGAAGCCAUGACAGCGACAACGGUGAAAAGUCUGGUCCUACGAUAGAAAAAACGCCUGACAUCAUUGGCUAGAGCAGCACUGUCAUUGGCUAGUCAGGGAAACACACAUUAGGGCCAUUUAUACGAGGAAAAAUAAGACGCGUCUUACAUAAGACGCGUCUUAAAUAAGACGCGAACUUUCCGUAUAAACGGUACAUUUCGUCUAAAAUAAGACGCGGCUUAGCUAAGACGCGUCUUAUUAGAUAAGACAUGCUCGUAUAAAUGGUUCAGUUCGCGUCUUAUUUAAGGUGCGUCUUAUGUAAGACGCGUCUUAUUUUUCCUCGUAUAAAUGGCCCUUUUGUCCUUUGGAAAAAGAUAUAACUCUUUGCGUGCGUUUUUUUCACCAAAGCAAGUGAGGGCGAUGUAAAACUUCUUCAUGUCCGCUCUGCUGGAUUUUGCUUCUGCAGUACAUGUGUAUUAUUGUUAUUACCAACGGACCUAGGACCUAGCCCUCACAGUUUUUCUUUUCAGUGCUGCGUGUUUGAUCUCCUGUACUGGAAAGGGUGGAGUCUUAGCUAUUUACGAGUUUAUCCACUAGCACUUUCUUGUUUACGUCUUAACCUUAACCUUACCCAUACAAUCCAUCAUAUCUUCAAAGAGGCCGUAACGCAACGCCUCAUAAUAUUCUACGUGUGGUCAUUUGUUUGCAUUUGUCGUUCUUCCGCUUUAUAUUAGCCUGCGCCACAGACGAAACUAUAUCAUAAGCUCUGCUGAAACUCGGUCACCUUUUCAGAAAAGAAAAACUACGCAACAGCGGAAAAUGACAUCGUCUCUCUUUGCAACCAGUGGAAAUCCUUACUCCAAAAAACCAUCGCGUGUUUUUAGAUAAAUCAGGGCAAACUGAAAAGAUUAAUGAUCUUCUACAAUUGCAUAUACCGCCAUUGGUACCGACGAAGAUUCCCCAGGAACGAAGCUUAAAUAUUUUAAGCAUUGGAAGUGGAAAUGGGCAGACCGAUUUGUCUUUUCUAAGAGUGAUCAAGGAAGAAUUGAUAAAGACAGACCGCGCGCAAUGUGAAGAUCUUCAACCGAGCCAUUGA